UGUGUCUCCCAGUUUAUAAAUCUGACGAGUUCGAGCAAGUGGUGUUGGCAGUGUUUCAGUAAACAGUGUUAAAUGCGAGCGAUUAGAUAAAAGUGUCACAAUGGCGAAAGCGGGCCAACGACGGAGGAGAAGUUCGAUCAAGAAAGAGUUCACUGAGAAGGAAUUGCAAGAUUUAAGGACUGCGUUUGAACUCAUCGAUUCGAAUCAGGAUGGACGGAUCAACCCCGAUGAGUUUAAAAUCAUGCUCGAGAAUGUGGGGAUCGAGCUGGAGGAUGAGAAGAUUGAAGAGCUCAUCCGGAGCGCCAGUCAUGCAGGAGUUGAAGUGAUUGACGAAAACGAGUUUCUCACGUGGAUUAAACACAUUCAAGAGUUGAGACCCGAGGCAAAAAGUGAGGACGACGGGGCGAAGGAGCUCAUGGAAGCCUUCAGAGUCUUCGACUUAGACAAUAAUGGUUAUAUAACUCGGGAUGAAUUGAGGUUGGCGAUGGACAAGAUUGGAGAGCCGGUUACUGAGAGCCAAUUGACUGAGUUUAUUAAUAUGGCAGAUACCGAUAAAGAUGGGAAAAUAAAUUACGAAGAAUUUGCAAAACUGUUAUCUUAGAAGAGUAAAAACGUAUUUGUGACUUCUAAAAUAAAAUUCGGAUGUAUUAUGUGACGUCAGUGUUUGCCCUGAGGAUUAAAUUGACUUUAGUAGAAUGAUAAUGAAGUUUCCCAAAUCUCUUUAUUAUGGUGCGUACUUUUAGGAUAAAAAUCAGUUACAGUGUAACUAUGCAAAUGAAUUUUUUUUGUUACCAAAAUCAUAACAAAUUUCAAAUUUGUUUCAAAAACAAACAGUUGUGUAAAUAUAAUAAAUAAAAUUUGUUGAAUUUAUUGCAAAUAAAACAAUUCAAGCAAA